GCAGGCAAUCAGAAGAAGACACUUCUUUUCAAUAGCUCGUUAUCCCCUGGCCCUUUGAAGUAACUGUUUUUUUCUUUCCUUUUGCGGGGAAAGUCACCGUUGAACACUUAAACUAACCCAUCCAAUUUCCCAACGGCGCCACCAAACUGCCACCAGAGCUACUACCAUACCAACAAACACCACUUCGCUGAACCUCCAAAACCACCACCACACUGGCACACUCAUACACGGCCAACAGUUGGAGGCUUAGAGCUAGCUCUUAGCUCACCGCCAUCCUCCUUCUGGCAGCCCGGCCAAAUCAUAAACACACGGUGAAAAAUGCACACCGGCCGCCUCCUCCAUCUCCUCCUGCUGCUCGCCGCCGCCGGCCGCUCGCUGGCCCGCGGCGGCAUCUUCGGGGCAGCGUCGCCGCCGUCCAGCCCCGACGGCGACCAGAAGUGCAGCCGGACGUGCGAGUCCGCGUACUGCACGGGCACCUUAGAGGCUCCGCUGAUGCGGUACGGCAAGUACUGCGGCGUGUCCUACACGGGGUGCCCCGGCGAGCCCCCCUGCGACGCCCUCGACGCCUGCUGCAUGCUCCACGACGCCUGCGUCCAGGCCACCGACGACUACCUCAACAUGUGGUGCAACCAGAGCCUGCUGGACUGCGUGGCCGCCGUGAGGACCGCGGCCGCGGCGGCGGGCGGCGGCGUGGAGGCCGUGCUGACGACGUUCGAGGGGAACAGCUGCAACGCCACGGACGUCGCCGACGAGAUCACCUCCAUCCUCGAGGCCGCCGUGUACGCCGGGAGCAUCCUGCGCAGAGCGCCGGCGCCGGCCCCGGCGAAGUAGCUCGCUUGCUAGUCGCUACUGUUGAUGCGCGUUUGAUUUGGAGGUCCGUGGAGGAGGUGUGGUCCGGUUGAAGUCGA